GUUUACAAUCAGCAUUUUGCUGAACAAUCCUGUUAACCUUGACCCUGCGUCCUGUGAAUGCGACGGGGGCGCUAUUCAGGUCCUUCAGGACGUCGAUAACUGUUGCGCAAAGACCUCUUUAUUGAUGUUUCUCGUUCAUGAUGGUAGAGUGCGAGCACUUCAAAAAUUGAUUGGAGGUUCCAUAUCUUUGUUUCAACUUGGAUUGUCACUCUAAUUCACAUUUUAUCACCAUUUGGAAAUUGAUUCGCAGAGAUGACGACCCAAGCAGAGCAGCUCAACAAUAAACGUCUAAACUUGGAAAAAGCAACAAACUUCAUGAGACAAUAUCGCGACCCCCAUUCCCGCGAACUGAAAAAACUUUCGGCAAAUCAGUUCAUGGAAGUCUGGAGUCACUACGACAAAGACGGGAAUGGAUAUAUCGAGGGAACUGAACUGGAUGGGUUUUUGAGAGAGUUCGUGUCAAGUGCCAACGCCACUGAUGUCGGACCGGAAGCGGUCUCCGACGACAUGUUGGUUGAACUGAAAGCGUGUUUCAUGGAGGCUUACGAUGAUAACCAAGAUGGAAAAAUCGAUAUUCGUGAGUUAGCGCAACUACUUCCAAUGGAAGAAAAUUUCUUACUCCUUUUCCGAUUCGACAAUCCAUUAGAGUCUAGUGUGGAGUUCAUGAAGAUCUGGCGAGAAUACGACACGGAUGGUAGCGGAUACAUCGAAGCCGAUGAGCUCAAAAACUUCCUACGAGACCUGCUCAAAGAAGCGAAAAAGAUUAAUGACGUAUCUGAGGACAAACUCAUCGAAUAUACCGACACCAUGCUCCAGGUCUUUGAUGCUAACAAGGACGGCCGUUUACAACUAUCAGAGAUGGCCAAGUUACUUCCUGUUAAGGAAAAUUUUCUCUGCAGGCAAAUCUUCAAGGAAGGAAUAGAAGGUGCUACAAAACUCACCAAGGACGAUAUCGAAAGAGUUUUUGCUUUGUACGACAGGGAUAACAAUGGUACAAUAGAAAAUGAAGAAUUACGUGGUUUCUUAAAAGAUUUGCUCGAACUUGUCAAAAAAGACUAUGAUGCUCAAGAUUUGCUCGAUUUUGAAGAAACGAUUCUGCGAGGCGUGGACUACAAUCAAGAUGGCAAAAUCAAUAAGAAAGAAUUGACGAUGAUCUUGUUAGCCAUCGCAAAACAUAAUCAAGAGGAGGAAUCAUCCGCAUAGAUAUCAUGAAGGGAAAAACCUUAACGAGUUGCCAAUUUAUCAAGUAGCACAACUUUCAGGAGUUUAUAAGUAAUCAUAUAAUAGGGUUAAAUUUAAUGUUAGAUUAUUGUGACACCAAUAUUGUUGUUGAUUUUGUAGCGUGACUACAAUAAGGUAAAAUGUGCAUCAAUCUCUCAAUUAUAAUCAUUUUUUACGACAAAUUCUUGCAUUGCUGUGAUUUUAUUAAAAGUAUUCGUAAUUAGAGGGCAACACGGUUGAUAUUUUUAUACUGCAAUAGCCUUGAGAUCAGAUAUUAAGUUACUUUCUGUUAAUGUUCCAAAUGAGGGAGAAAAAACACCAAUCCAAACCAAAGACUUAUUUGAUACAAUGCACAAUUUUCAUAUCGCACUUCAAUUAACUGUUACUAAAUUAUACCUAGAUUAGUCAUGCAUGAUCUCUGACCUUUCAGUAUCUACAUACUCAAAUAUUUCAAAGUUUACAAGUAGUGAUGUUGCUCUGUUUAUCUGUAACUUUAACUACAUAUAUUUAUAAAUGCAGUUACGGCACCGUAUUAACGAUUGUGAUACACCUUUCAUUUGACGAAAUGAAAGACUUUGGAGAAUCGAAUUUUACUGAUUGGUCUGUCUCGAAGCCUAAAGUAGAUAAAAAUGUGGUGUAUCAAACCGCAGCUUCGAAUAUUAUCUUAAAAAUUCGUCCAGUUUCGCAUAUCUGUGCCCCUCUAUGUGCAUUAUUGUAUAAUAAAGUCUAUUUUAAUAAAAAAGUAUAAAUUAAUUUAUAUAGUAUGUUAAUUCCGUUAUGUUAUAUUGUACAAAGUUGCCAAAUUUUAUUACAAGUGUGAAAUACCUACAGUUAAUCAUAAUGUAAGACAAUUUUUGCUUGUUUUUCGAUUCAAAUUGAUAAAAACAUUUUCAAACUAUUACAAAAAUGGUUCACUAUGUCCUACUAUACUGUAAAAACUAAUAAAUGUUCGUUAUUUAUA